GAGGGAUGGCAAGCGCGAGCGCAGUCUUUUGGAUUCACUCCACUUUUUCAUCACACACGGUGCAGUCGCGCGACCUGCUCCGUGCUGGACCGGGAGGUGGACAGAGUUUGUGGCGGCAGAGCGGUGCUUGCGCGUCGGAGUGGAAACUAACCGGACGACCGCUUCUGGCAACUCACGGACCUAGUGCGUCUUGCUUGGGUGAUUUUUAAACGUUUCUAUUCCUUCUUCCCUCCCCUGUCCCGGUGCUCCGUCCUCUUACACCACCGUCACCUCCACCCGACUACCUCCCCAAGCGUGCCAUCAGUGGAGGAUGCUGCUGUCAGUGCAGUCCGCCCGGUGGUAACGUUUGCUACGGAGUAGCAGUGAGUGAGUGACCCUCUGUCCGGACGGGUCUUCCCGUUUCCCCGGAGAGAGGAAGGACCGCCGGGCUGACGCACGGCGCUGGUCACGACAGUAAAAGUGGACAGAAAUUGUCUGGAGAGGCUCCGACUGGGUACCGAGGACGAGCCAAGCCUGUAGCCGGGCUGGAACGCUCAGAGCUGGGGAACCGCGCGGCUCUCACCCGGUCCAGAGCUGUGCUGUCGGGUGGAGACAUGGCGACACCGAGGUGGAAGGUUCUGCUGUUCCUGGCAGUCAUCCUGCUGGUCUCCUGCAAGGCCGCACCCACUGACAUCUUAUAUCGGGUUCCUGAGGAGCAACCGCCCAACACGCUGAUUGGCAGCCUGGCGGCAGACCAGGGCCUACCCGACACUGGACACCUCUACAAGCUGGAGGUGGGCUCACCGUACUUGCGUGUGGACGGCAAAACCGGUGACAUCUACACCACAGAGAUCCCCAUUGAUCGUGAGGCGCUCAGAGACUGCCGCAAUAUGUUUGAAGGCGACCCGUGCUUCUUGGAGUUCGAGGUGUCGAUCACUGACAUGGUGAAAGGAAUCGGGUUGGGGCCUCGGCUGAUCGAAGGCCGCAUUGAAGUGGUGGACAUCAAUGACAACACGCCGCAGUUUGCCUCACCCAUCCUCACCCUCUCCAUCCCUGAGAACACACACAUCGGCGCACUCUUCUCCAUCCCCAUGGCCACCGACAAGGACUCCGGCACCAAUGGCGUGGCUGAAUAUUCCCUGAGCGCCAGGCCGGACGCUGACCAGCUCUUCACCCUGCAGGUUGCUGUGGACUCAGAUGAGAAGCUGCCACAGCUGGUGGUCAUGGGCAACCUGGACCGUGAGAAGAAGGACUCCUAUGACCUGAACAUCCGGGUGGUGGAUGGUGGGAAGCCGGCACGGGGAAGCAGCGCUCUUCUGCGGGUCACCGUCACUGACCAGAACGACAACGCUCCCAGGUUUGAGAGGACUUUUUACGAGGCCGAACUACCAGAAAACAGUCCGCUGGGGCACUCAGUGCUGCAGGUCAGAGCCAAUGAUGCAGAUGCUGGUACCAAUGGAGAGAUUGACUACAUCCUCCAUCAGGCACCAGAAUCAGUCCAGCGGCUUCUGCGCAUUGACCGUGCUACUGGCAUCAUCUAUGUCAAAGGCUUGGUGGACCGCGAGGAAGAGAACUUUCUCAAGUUUGCUGUGGUCGCCAAAGAUCGAGGGCCCAACUCUAAGAGCUCCAAAGUGUUCGUAAACAUCAAUGUCAAGGACCAGAAUGACAAUGCACCAGCCAUUGAGAUCCGUGGUAUUGGCUUGGUGACACACCACAAUGGUAUAGCCAACAUCUCUGAGGACAUGCCAAUUGGUACACCAGUGGCGUUGGUCCAGGUAUCGGAUCGUGAUGAGGGGGAAAAUGCAGUGGUGACCUGCGUGGUUGCUGGUGAUGUCCCAUUUCAGCUCCGGCCUGCAAGCGAGUCAGCCAGUGAUCGAAAGAGGAAAUACUUCCUGCAGACAACUACCCUGCUUGAUUAUGAAAGUAUUAAAGAUUACAGGAUUGAAAUUGUUGCUGUGGAUUCUGGGAACCCAGCCCUGUCCAGCACCAAUUCUCUCAAAGUCCAAGUCACAGAUAUGAAUGACAACACACCAAACUUUUCCCCUGCGAUGCUUGAGGUGGACUUUGCAGAGGGCAACCAGCCAGGUGAAAAGGUGCUGGAUGUUGUGGCGACAGAUGCAGACAAUGGCAUCAAUGCAGAGUUGGCCUAUAGCAUCAUUGAGCAUUCUGCCAAUAAGCUCUUUGAGAUUGAUUCUAACACUGGGGAGGUUCGUGUGAAGAACCUGUUGGAUCGGGAGGAGACAGACCGUUAUGAGUUCCGUGUGGCAGCAGCAGACAAAGGUGUUCCUAGCAAAACUGGCACUGCUACAGUGGUGAUUCAUGUUCUGGACCGCAAUGACAAUGACCCCAAGUUUAUGCUAAGUGGCUACAGCUUCUCUGUCAUUGAAAACAUGCCUCCGCUCAAUCCUGUUGGUGUGGUAACUGUCACUGAUGCUGAUGAGGGUGAGAAUGCCCGAGUGAGACUGUUUGUGGAACCAGACAAUGGCAAAUUUGUCAUCCAGAAUGGCACAGGAACCAUCCUGUCCAGCAUCUCCUUUGACCGCGAGAAGGAAAGCACCUAUACCUUCCGCCUAAAGGCUGUGGAUGCUGGUGACCCACCUCGAUCCUCCUAUGUGGGUGUGACCAUCAAUGUGCUAGAUGAGAAUGACAAUGCCCCCUAUGUCACCAAACCAGCCAACUCCUCCUACAUGUAUCUAACACCCGCCACUCCACCUGACACCCGUGUUGAGGUGGUAGAGGCUGAGGACAUUGAUUCUGGACCCAAUGCUGAGCUUUUCUACACCAUCACAGGAGGCAAUCCAUAUGGCCUGUUCCACAUCUCGCCCAGUAGUGGGGAGAUCACACUGGCACAAGAAUUCACUGGCAAGCACAAUGGAUUGCACCGCCUCGUGGUGAGGGUCAGUGACAAAGGCAAACCUCCUCGCCACACCACCACCCUGGUCCACGUUUUUGUCAAUGAAACCAAGUCCAAUGUCUCCUCCAUUGAGGCUUUGGUUGGACACAGUCUGUACACCCCUCUGGACAGGGACAUUGCUGGAGAUCCCAACUAUGCCCUCGCUCAGCGCAGCAACAUCCUGUACGGCAGCCUUGCAGGUAUUGCUGGUGUUAUUCUGGUCAUUGUAGCUGUAGUGGUCAUUAGACACCGACUGCAGAAGGACACCAAGAGUGGCUACCAAGCUGGCAAGAAGGAGAGUAAGGACCUGUAUGCUCCCAAGCAGGGCCCCAAAAAUGGUAAAGGAAAGAAGAGCAAGAAGGGAAAAGCACCAAAACCUGCUAAGCCGCUGGAGGAGGAUGAGGAAGCCAGCCUGCAGAAAGGCCUCAAAUUCAACCUCAUCAAUGACAGUGUCAAUGACAGUCCCAGAAUCCACCUGCCCCUUAACUACCCACCAGGAAGCCCUGAUCUGGGCCGCCACUACCGCUCCAACUCUCCCCUACCCUCCAUCCAGCUGCAGCCACAGUCACCCUCUGCCUCCAAGAAGCACCAGGCUGUUCAGGACCUCCCUGCCACUAACACUUUUGUGGGAACGGGCGACAACAACUCCACAGGCUCUGACCAAUAUUCGGAUUACAGCUACAAGGCCAACCCACCCAAAUACACCAACAAACAGCUCCCCCAUCGCCGAGUGACCUUCUCCACCGCCAACCAGGCUCAGGACCUGCAGGAUGCGUCCCAGCACAGCUACUACGACAGCGGCCUGGAGGAAUCGGAGACACCCAGCUCCAAGUCUUCUUCGGGGCCACGGAUUGGGCCGCUUGCACUGCCCGAGGACCACUAUGAGAGGACCACACCCGACGGCAGCAUCGGCGAGAUGGAGCACCCGGAGAACGGUAAGACCAGGUGGAGCGUCGUCGAGCACCAAGCCGGAGAGGGGGGCCGGACAAAAAAGACUGCCUUAAGACAAAACUAAAGACACAGAGCAUCUAAAGCUUCUCUUUUUUCCUCCUCCAAUUUACACAAAGAAAACAGAUUCAGUUCUCAAGCUUUUUUUCUUCUUUGCUGCAGUUUGGAGGAUUUUUUUCUCUUCCAUUUCCUCCUUGUCUGUGGUUGUGAACUGCUUUUUUGUCAUAUUUCACAUUCCUGGUGCAAGUUUUUGUCAAGGAUCAAAUCACAAAAACAAAAUUAAAAAAAAUAACAAGAAAGACAAAAUGUUUUUGUUGGAGACAAAGUUCUGAACAACAGGGAAUAAAUCACGUUUGGUUCUUCUGGGCUCUUUUUUCCUUCCAUGUGCUUGCUAGGCCGUUUUCGAGAGGUGGAUUUAUCCUUCUUUGUCGAGGCUGCGCUCUUUUCUGUGUGGAUGAAACCGAAGCCUAAGUGGAAACAUCACAUUUGCAGUGGAUUAUCGACUCUCCACCUUUGAUGGAUUUUUGCUCUUGUUGCUCUUUUUUCUGCUGGUUUUGGGGCAUUUUUUCCCUGUGUGAAAACUGUAGUUCCACUUUGUUUUCCAAGGGUCACAUUUUAUGUGGAAAUCAAUCCCUUUUGAAACAUGUAACUGUUUUUUUGGUAGCCCUGGUGCCUGUAGUUGAUGAUUGACAGUCAGGGUUCGGAGGACAGGGUGAAUGGCGUGCAAUCAGCUGACCCACAUCCUCGCACCGGCCAGUAGAAGCUCUGGUAGUAACCAACAGGUAGUAACCAUGUCACUACUGCCACUCUCGUGCCUCCCUGUUUAAACGAGCAUGUGGCCACAGUUAAGGGAGUCAGAUCAGAUCCUAGCUUAGCACGAAGACUGGCAGCAGGGGAACUGCUAGACGAGCUGCCAAGAGAAAAAAAGACUAAAGCACCACAAAGUGUCAGUAUUUGGCAGAAAAAGUCACUUUUACAUAUAUUUCCUCCUGAGUGCAAUGUCAUGUUUGUUUUUUAAACAAACAAACAAACAACCACAAAGAUAUUCACUCUUGUUUGAGCUCACUUUAUUUACAACCUUUCACUCAUCAGACCUUCAUCACAUAAAACUCAUACACACAAAAAGCACAUGCGUAGGAUAAACAUAACCCAGGAGAAAGUAACCAAUCAGAAGGAAGCAGCAGCUCCCUGGUAUUCAUACUGAUGAGGCUCAAUGAGCUGCACUAAUCAUAAUCAAACCCUCAUAACUCAGCUGUAAUGUGCUGCUCAGAACAUGCUGGUCAGUUAGUCAGUAGCCAAAUUCAAGGGAUCUGUACCAAAACGUCUGUAUAUGUCCUGUGUUUGUAUUAGAAAUGAAUAUUGGAUGAUACAAAAAAGAAAAGGCUAAUAAAAAAGUAAGUGGUUGACAGGUUCUUGCAGUUGUGGCCUGUUUCAGAUUCAGGAACACUUUUAGUACCACGUGCACAUAUCAAGUCCAAGCAAUCCUGCAAAUAGUUAAACAGCAGUUGCACCAUAAAUGAAGAACAAAUUUAGAAGUUGUUCCACCUCAUAGCCUCCUUGAUCUGCUGUCAUGCUAGCACUUCCCCUGCCUCCAGUCUCUGUGCUAAGCUACAGUAAAUGCAUCCUAAUCUCAUUACUGUAUCUUAUAGUAUUAAUAUAGCUAGGAUGAAAAAUUGACAUAUAAUAUUAAAAUGUAGUAUCAUAUAUGAUAGUUUACAAUAUAUGAAUUGCAGCAGAAUAUGAUUAUGAUGUUAUGGGGGAACGAUGUGAACUCGUCUAUCUGUCUACACUAUCUAUCUGUCUCUAUCUCCCUCUCUGCUGCGCCAUAUUUGAACCAAAUCAGCUCUCCAUCUUCAUCACUCCUCUUCCUCCUUUCCUUAGCAAAAGUUUCAACUUGUAAAAGACAAAAUAGCUUGUGUUUUUUAUGACAUUCACUGCCAGUGAAUCCAGUCAUCCAUGCAGUUAAAGUCUCUGCGACCUGUUAAUCAAAUUGCUAAAGACCUCCAGGCAGAUCUCCACUUCCUUGUAUCUUCCAGUAAUUAAACCUGUGCAGGGCUCAGCUGGUUGCUUAGUAUGACUGCUUAGUCACAGAUGAGUAACCACCGAUCAAAGCCUGGACUAUUUGUAAGUGUUUAUUCUGAAUUAUCGCAGUAUGUUCAUGGGAUAUAAAGUUGUAAAGUGGUGUAUGAAUUUGAGUAUUUGUAGUCGACACAGGUUUUCGGUAGGAAUCAAACGGAGCACUUCAGUGACCUCCUGCUGUACCUGUGAAUGUACUUUGUAUUCAGAGGUUUUUAUUACAAUAA